GUUAAAAGACGUUGGCUUAACCUUACGUUAGUCGAACCCGAACUGUUGCUUCUCAACCACGUGCUUACGUUCAACUCCUCACGGUGCACACGUGUUGUUGUUUUGUUUUUUACGCGCCGAUCUACCCAUCUUCUGUGUGAUGUACGAACAGUGAAUGUGCUACUCUAUGACGCCACCAACAAACAUCCAUUAUGUUUACACGAUUUGAUGCAAACAAAUCGACCAAAGGUGCUAGCAAACUUCGAAGAGACCUGAUAAAUGCCGAAAUAGCAAAUUUGCGAGAGUUACUGCCUUUACCACCGUCAACUAGACAGAGACUUUCGCAACUACAGCUUAUGGCGUUAGUCUGCGUGUAUGUGAGGAAAGCUAAUUACUUUCAACAAGCAUUUAAAUGCCACGAUGUAUCAUUACACCAGCCACCAACGCCCAAUAUUGGUUUCUCAAAGGCAUUGAGCGGCUUCCUCAUGAUGAUGACGCAAAAUGGUAAACUCUUGUACAUUUCCGAUAAUGCCGCAGAAUAUCUCGGACAUUCCAUGGUGAGUGAAAUGAAGGAGGAUCUUCUCAUACAUGGCGAUAGUGUUUAUGACAUAAUAGACAAGCAGGAUCACCAAGCGAUACAAAGAGAACUAGGACGGCCAGUAAAUUCAACAAAUUCUAGUGGUAGUGAAGAAAUUAGGUUAUUCUUAUGUAGGAUGAAUGUUUCUAGGAAUGCCAGAAGGCAAAUGAGGUUCGGUGAUCAAAAGGUUGUGCUCGUCCAAGGAAGAUAUUUGUCCUUUUUACCUCUCUGCAGUAGGAACGAGCCUGUAUUUUUAGCAACGUGUACACCUGUAGCAAUGCCAGAGACCCGGGAAUGUGUGGUCCAGGGUGCCACCAAUGUCUUCACGUCAAUUCAUUCGAUGGACAUGAAAUUUAUCCACAUAGAUAAUAACGGCGAAUUCUACUUGGGCUUUCCUCGCUCAGAGCUGCAGGGGGUGAGCUGGUACAGGCUGCUGCAUUGGGAAUGCACGAGAGAGGCCCAGACCAAGCACAGGCUCAUUACGCAAUCGGAACAAGAGAGGUCCUGCAUCUUGCUAGCACAGUUUCAAAGGAGGACUGGCGAAUGGAUAUGGAUGCACUGCGUCCUUCAAGUGAAGGAGAGUUCUGAGAACAACCAGCAACCUGUCAUAGUUUGUACCAAUCAAGUAUUGAGCGAUGCUGAAGCUGCCGUAAUGAGAGGCAACAGUUGGCUUUAUCACUAUGUAUCGGUGCAGAACAAACUUCAAUACGGACUAGCAUACGACGUAGGACAUCCCACAAGGUUGCUUUACUACCCGGAACACCCUCAUCCAAAUUUUCAGGGACACGAGUAUGCGAGCGGCCACGACGCAGGCGGCUAUUCUCACCUUGCCGCCAUGCCUCCGACCAUUCAACCCCACCUGAGUCACCACGGCGCCUUAACCUCGGGCCACCACAGCCAGCACCAUCACCAUCACAGGCGAGCCGACUCGGAACCCGUUGACUAUUCCUACAGCAAACGCAAGCCCAAAGAUCUCCAGAACCUAGAGUUAGAGGUAGGAGAAAUCGAUGCUCCAAGUACGAGGGGCAGCGGUGGACUCCUAGUGAUAUCCCAUAUCGCUGAAAGGCCCCGGACGUUACUCAAAGUCGACCCUAGUGAUAUCAUGGACCAGUGGAAUCCAAGCCCACCUUGGUCGGACACUUUGCAGAAGGUCCCCGAUUUAUGCCAUCAAGAACUGAGCCCUUAUAUUGGCAGUACGCCACCGACCCCAACAGCAACCCCUAGCACCCAAAGUGGCAACGCUUUUUCGUUCGAUUGGAUGCCAGAACAAUAUGUACCAUCUAUAACAGCAGUUCCUAGUAUUGACGAGAUUGAGAGACCGGUCUACUGGUCUGCAGAACACAGGUUGUUCCCUCUACAACCUCCCCCGAAGAGGAAUCAUCCACCCCCUGGUAGGUCAGAUUCUGCAGAUAGAGAUACCCCUUAGUAUUACGAUUCGUCGAUUGAAAAAACAUGUGCAAUACAUACUGUGCAACAAACUCCGAGCAUUGGUUUCAUCGAUACAACAAAUGGGUUCUUCUGAAAUGCCAAAUAUUAUUUUUAGUUGAAAUAAUUUUUUCGGCAUCGUCAUUUGCUGCAAAAUGAAUAUUUUCAUCCUAAUCAUAUUAAAAAAAAAGGUUUUACAAGGUUGUUCCAACCCAGUAUAGGUUUCCCGUUUCUAAUCUAUACGAAUUCCCAGAAAACCAAUUGAAGUAAACGUCAACCUAAACAUUAAAGAAAUUCCUGGACCGGUGAAUCAUUUUACAUUAGGUCCAAAGUUCCACGUUUCAUUUCAGCAGCCAUGGGGAAUAUGAAAAUAACGAAAGCUCAAAAAAUGUAUCCUCAAGCAGGAGAUUUCUGAAAAAAUUCAUAUCAUGUCGCUGGUAUAUAUUUUCAAUCUGUUAAACAUGCGAUAGUACAAGCUGUGCACCAUCAUAGCUUUUUGACGAUGGAUUUUUUUGAACGAUCGUUAUAAUAAUCAGACAGAUAUAAAAUUUCUCCAUCUUUUUGUUAUGCAGUGACAGAACUGGUACAAUAUAUUGAUGGUUGAAUUUUGAAAUCCAUUGGCUGUAUUGCAAAGAAUCUUCUGAUUUUCGCGUCUUCCAAAUUUAAAAACGUUGAAUCUCACCCAAAUUUGAAAAAAUAUUCGUAAACCACCUACAAUUUGAUUGAUAUUUUGUAUGGUGAAUUAACAGUUCCUUCAGCAACUGGAUACAGGGCAUUAGAAUCGACUCGUAAGUUGAAUUAUUUCGAAUAGCCCCUCGUACAUGUCCAAGAAACAUUCGUUUCCAGUGAAAUAGCAUUUUAUUUAUAUAGAUUUCAUAUAACGUGAUCGUAUUAUAUACGAAAAUUGUAUAUAUCAACUGAAAUUCACAUUGUGUGAAUAAAUAGUACAUCGUAAGUUCCUGAAUUAAGUUACAAUUUAUUUGAAAAGUGUAAAAGUUACAAUUUUCUCACAUAUUGUUUUCGAAUAGUCAAAUAUAAAUAUUUUUAGUUGAGUUAAUUGAUUAAUUUAUUGAUUUGUUUAUAAUAGAUAUAGUAACAUAUUAGUUAAUUACCCUGAAGGCAUGUAAAAAUAUCAGUAUUACUAUGUCCUAUUAAAAAUAAGAUUACUUUUG